AUGGACCAGAACCAAGUGCCAUCAUCUCCACUCCAGCAACACCGUCCGACCUCCUCUCAAUCAUCCUCCGAGGACCGUCCCAACGACGCCCUCGCCUGCACCACAUCUCCUCCUCAAUCUUGGUCAGGUCAACCUGCCGCCCCAUCCACCUUUGCCCAAUGGCAGGGGGAGGCGUCCACUUCCCGUGAACCAUCACGAUGGGAAGGUCAAGUCGCUAUAGAACAGACCAUGGAGGAUCCUAAUCACUGCCCGACGCCUCGACCACCGCUCAUCGAGAUCCCUAGCAUCUCUUCCGCACUCCUCACUUCCAAACCUCUCAAUCGAGCUUCUAGCGAACCCCUUGAGACUGCCUUACUCUCUCGCAAGCGCGGACGAUCCCUCUCUCUCCCCACCAACCUCACACCACCACUGGUCAAAAAGCACAAAUCUGUCCAUACCGUGCGCCUCGCUUCUGCUCCGAGCAGUUCAAUCAUCAAGCCGAUACCUUCCUUUGCUCCUCCGCCCAAAAUCCCAGUCCAAGUCUUGGUGGCAUCUCGACAACCUCCCGUCACCAACUCGUCCCUCAAGUCGCUCGAUGCCAAGGAGAUUUUACGAAAUCCUCAACUCCGACACGAUCUUCUUUUCGACUCGCUCGCCUUUCGACCCGUCAUGGCGUCUGCGCCCGGGUCCAAGAACUCCAAACGAGCAAACGACGCAAAGACGAGCAGCAUCGUUGCUGACAUGUACUGGGAUAGUAUCGAGGCUGAGAUCACCACUGGAUGCCGAUGUGUUCGAUGGCAAGUUGACAACCCAAACGAGAAGGAUCUCGACGCUUCCGUCAUGGACACGAAGCGACGAGAGACUACAUGUAUAUGCGGGAAAUUCAGACUCGAGUAUACAGAGUCGCAAUGGUGGGAAAGUCAGCAAGCUAGGUGGUCUUCUCGGAUCCCAGAGCUCGUCAGGAGCCUGCGGGAUCUCCUCAUCUCUCUCAUGGGAUCCACGACACCCUGUCCCGACCCCUACGCACACACUCUUACGCAAGAAUCGGCUCAAGCUCACGAGCGUUCAUGUCCGACCGUCACACACGCUCUUAUCCCUGAGCUGUGCGCCGCGCUGGAUCCUGAAUUUCUGACUAUCCAAGCGCGCCGGAGACUCUUCCCCCUGGGCAUCUUUUCGAUGCUUGGCGAGGCAAUGAAGGUGCAUUGUGCCCCGAUACGUGAUGCCAUGAUCGAAGACAUGGUGCAGACGGCAAACAGUGGCAAUGCGGCUCAAGCACUGAAAAAGUGCUUUGCCUGUGCGGAAGUGAUGAAACUGGACAUUGCCAAUCACCAAGUCCAUACACUUAGACCGCAUCUGUGGAAAACGGCUGUCAAGGACGAGCUUUCAGCCUUUGCCAUCUUUGUCCCCUCCCUGUCAACCUCUGUGACUCGAAAAUGGAUUCGCGACGCUUCGAUGCGAGUUCUCUCAUCGACGAGCCCGUCCGAACGAUCUGAACUCCUCAAAUCACGUUUCGAACUUGUGUCGAGAUCUCUUGCCGAAGGGUUCAUGGAUCUCGUCUUCUCAGACUUCUCCCCCGUGUCAUGGCCACCCAUCGUGCAGAGUCGGCUGCACGGCGCAGCUAGUGUCCAGCUGGCCGAAGGGACCGAGACGGGUGGCGUGAUCCUUCCGGAGUCCUUCAAGAUGGACAGUCGGCGGAUCAAGAACUUCAAUGCCGAUGUCAUUGACCUGUCCAUCCUGCACAUUGUUAUGGGAACGGCGAAGAAGCUCUGGAAACGUCACCACCCACACGUCAAGGAUGCGUCAUUCGUUAAGACGGUAAGGGAGGAUAUCGAGGCUGCCAUUAUGGAAGGCGGUGGAACCUUGCCGUUGAAGGAUGACUCUUUGUCGCUCAACUUUGUGACUCGCGUGUACAAGGGCAACGAAUCAGCACCCUCUGUCUACCCUUCCGCCCAGCUCCACGCCAUGACGAGGGAGGCACAAGGUAUCCACGACUUCCUCCGCACGGCGAUCCGACCGGACUCGUCGUCAUACAGCACGGCUUCCGACCGUGUCCGCAAGGCGUUAACUUUGAUUCUUUCUAACAUGUUCGCUGCGGACCAACUUGAUCCCACUUCAGCCCACUACGAAUCGGAUCCUCGGUCUCCUACCCCCUCAUAUGUGCGUCUGGCCAAUCUCUCAAUUGCCGAUGCAGAACCGGUCCGCUCAAAUCCCUCCCUAGUGGCGAGGGAGCUGCAUGCGGCGGUCCAGGCGAAUCACCGUGAAGCGGAAUUCGAGUUGUUGUCUGCAUUGGAUUUGUUGGAUCUCAAGGGGGAGAUGACGGAGCUUGCCAAGAAUAUGAAGCGGAUCGCCGGAUUUAAUCUUCGAUGUUUUGCAUCCUUGUACGGCGGCAAGGGAAUGGUGGUGGGCUGA